AUGGUUAAUUUAGCAUUGGGACCUUCUAGAAAUGGUGGAUCUUCGACCAGAGGUGGUGAACUUCAUACGACGAAGCAAGGUGGUGUACAUAAAAAAAUUACGACUGCAACAGUAAUUCGUGCCAAAGGACGAGGAAAAACAACAAGAGGUGGUCGAAAAGUAGAAUUAGCGGAUGAAACAAAUAACACGAUUUCGUCGUCCACCGCUGUUGCUGCUCCUGAACACAUUAGUUUAGGUAAAAAAGAUAUAAUAUCUUUUAAAAAAGAAACUACAAAAGAAAAUUCAAUUAUUUUUGAAAAGAAUAAUGAUCAAACGGAUAUUAUUGGAAAAAUGCUUUAUCAAGCAAAAAGUACUGAUCAAACUAAUUCCAAUGCUAAACUUGAUCUUGUAAUGCUUACCGACCUUCAACCAGAUCCUGAUGUUGUAAAACCAAAAGGAAAAAGUGUUGUUAAAAAAUCCACAAAAAGAAAUGAUGCAAGUGCCAAUAUAUCAAAAGUUGUAACAUAUAUUAGACCUGGUCAUCCACCUCCGGAAGUUUCAAUUGGAAAUAGUAAUGAACCAGGAAUUCCUCUUCUAAAAAGAGUUACUCAUCUCAUUGCAGUUGAGGAUCUUAACACUGAAAAAAUUGCUAUGAAAGUUAGAGAUUCAAUAUUAAAUGUGGAACAGAUAUUAAAUGAGAAUGCAAUAUUACGAAAUGGAAUUUGGAAACUCAAAAGAGAAAUGUGGUUAAAAUUAGAUCCUUAUAAUUUUAAACCAUAUAAUUCAUCACAAAUUGCAAAUGUUGUACAAAAAAUGAAUAGUGUAGCAGAUGAAUUAGGAUAUCCAGCAGAUGCACCUGAAAGACCAAAUCCACCAAAACCAAAAUUACCUAUUAAUUUUUCAACUGUUAAUUUUGAACUUGGUGAAUCCAGUCAAAAACAUGAUUCAGACACUUCAAUUAUUCCAGCGGAGAAUUCCCAUCAAUCAUAUGAAGGAAAAACAACUCGUGGUGGGGGAGGUAAAACAAUUCGUGGUGGACGAGGUAAUCGAGGUCGUGGAGCUAAAACAACAACAAAUAAUAUAAUUCCCACUUCAGAAGAUCAAUCCGUAACAAAUCCUACUCGAGGUAGGAGAGGAAGACCUAAAAAUUCAACUCGUGGUGUUAAAACUACAAAUGCAAACCAAAAAACUAAUUCAUCUACUAUGGAAACCACAUCUGUUGUAAAAACCAAGCCUACCAUGACAACUUCAACCUCAUCUGAUAUAACGCCUAAAUCUACUGCGACAACGACCACAUCUACUAUAAUAACAACCAUAUCUAAAGAUAAUAAAGAUAAUAUUUUACCCGCGGGUGACAAAAUGACUCAACAAAAUAAAUACCGAGUGGAAACUCUGAAUAGUUAUCAAGGAGUUUCUGAGGAAUGA